CUUGCUGGAGGAUUCGCGCGCGAUUCGUGGCCUGUGGCGUGGUGGCGUUUAAAAAAAGCUGAACCGGAUUACCGAAAACCGAAUCCUCCUCCACCUCCUCCUCGGCCUUCGUGUCCCCGAAGCCGCCACAAGGAUUAAAACCCCGAGGGAUCAUUAGACUAUUACAAUAGCCAUAGGGGGAUUAUCCUGCGCGCCAUGUCCCUCAUAUGCUCCAUUUCUAAUGAGGUACCGGAGCAUCCCUGUCUGUCUCCAGUCUCAAACCAUGUUUAUGAGCGAAGACUGAUUGAAAAGUAUAUUGCAGAGAAUGGGACUGAUCCAGUGAACAACCAGCCACUGUCUGAGGAACAGCUGCUAGAUAUCAAAGUUGCCCAUCCAAUUCGGCCUAAGCCUCCUUCUGCUACCAGUAUUCCAGCUAUCCUGAAGGCACUACAAGAUGAAUGGGAUGCUGUCAUGUUACACAGUUUCACUUUGCGGCAACAACUUCAGACUACACGCCAGGAACUUUCUCAUGCACUCUACCAACAUGAUGCUGCCUGCCGUGUCAUUGCUCGUCUCACCAAAGAGGUGACUGCUGCAAGAGAAGCUUUGGCAACUCUGAAACCCCAGGCUGGCCUUAUUGUUCCCCAAGCUAUACCCUCUUCACAACCAAAUCCUAUGGGUGCUGGUGAACCAAUGGAUCUAGGAGAGUUGGCAGGAAUGACGCCAGAAAUUAUCCAGAAACUUCAAGACAAAGCCACAGUGCUGACCACAGAACGCAAAAAGAGAGGGAAGACUGUGCCAGAGGAACUGGUGAAACCAGAAGAACUUAAUAGGUACCGGCAAGUGGCUUCACAUGUGGGAUUGCACAGUGCCAGUAUCCCUGGCAUCCUUGCUCUUGACCUGUGUCCUUCUGAUACCAACAAGAUCCUCACAGGUGGGGCUGAUAAAAAUGUUGUUGUCUUUGACAAGAGCUCAGAACAGAUCCUGGCCACCCUGAAAGGUCACACAAAGAAGGUCACCAGCGUAGUCUUCCAUCCAUCCCAGGAACUGGUGUUUUCAGCAUCUCCAGAUGCUACUAUCCGGAUUUGGUCUGUCUCUGGCGCUUCCUGUGUGCAGGUUGUACGAGCCCAUGAAAGUGCUGUCACAGGGCUGAGUCUUCAUGCAACUGGAGAUUAUCUUCUCAGCUCUUCUGAUGAUCAGUAUUGGGCUUUCUCUGACAUCCAGACUGGCCGUGUUCUCACCAAGGUCACAGACGAAACUUCUGGCUGUGCUCUCACCUGUGCUCAGUUCCAUCCUGAUGGGCUUAUUUUUGGGACAGGAACAAUGGAUUCCCAGAUUAAAAUCUGGGACUUAAAGGAACGGACUAACGUCGCAAACUUCCCUGGACACUCUGGUCCCAUUACUAGCAUUGCCUUCUCUGAGAAUGGCUACUACUUGGCCACUGCUGCUGAUGACUCCUCAGUCAAACUUUGGGAUCUCCGCAAGCUGAAGAAUUUCAAGACGCUGCAGCUGGAUAAUAACUUUGAGGUGAAGUCUCUCAUCUUUGAUCAGAGUGGUACCUAUCUGGCCCUGGGUGGUACUGAUGUCCAGGUGUUCAUCUGUAAACAAUGGACAGAAGUUCUUCAUUUCACAGAGCACAGUGGGCUGACAACAGGAGUAGCCUUUGGGCACCAUGCUAAGUUCCUCGCUUCCACAGGCAUGGACAGAAGCCUGAAAUUCUACAGCCUGUAGCUUCUGUUUCUAGGAUGCAAAGCUGCUGGAUCCUAUUCUCUGCUGUAAUGAAAAACUAUGGGGUAAACAUGGGGUGUUGGACUGAUGGAACAUCGUGAACAUUACAGCUGUUGAUGUCAAUUUUCUGUAGCAUGGAAUAUUGGCCUCAGUUUUAAAUACAUUUAUUUUCCUCUUUGUUUUUGAUAUAGAUCUGCAAAUGUAAGAAUACUUAGUCAAAACCCGUCCACUGCUGACUCUAGUAGGGAUAGUGGCAGAGAUGAGGAUGAAGAAAGGGAGGGGGAAAUGUGCAAAUUUUUGUAUGCUGCUCUCUAGUUUCAUUAAAAAAAAAUUAAACUAUAACAAUGCUUUUGGAUGGUAUCUCACAUUUCAAAUAUUUGUAUAUUAAAUGACAUUUUUCAACAUA